AUGUUACUAAAAAAGAUUGAUGAACGUUAUAACAUGGCUAUACAUCCAAUCCAUUUUGCAGCAAAUUUGGUUGAUCCAAACUACCAAGGAAAAAAUUUAAAAGAUGGCUGUGAUGUUGAAGGUAUAUUAUUCUUAAAAAAAGUGGCAAAAGUUCUACUCAAAGACAAUGAGUAUGAUAAAAUAAUGAUUGAAGUUGCAGAAUUCCGUGCACAUGAAGGUUUUUGGGCAAAAGAUGUUGUAUGGUGCAACUGUAGUGAAAUGGAUGCAAGGACAUGGUGGAACGGAAUCUGCUCUAAUACAAAACUCUCUACAGUUGCCUCAGCUAUACUUUCCUUACCGGCAUCUUCAGCAGCUACUGAAAGGUCCUUUAGUGUUUAUUCCCACAUUCACAAUAAAAAAAGAAACCGAUUAACCAACACUAAUGCCUCAAAACUACUUUUUAUUCAAGCUAAUAUGAAUAAUAUUGAUUUCUUAAGUCCAGAUAAAAGAAAUAAUAAAGUACUAUCAACUUCUACCAGUUCUACCAAUUUAGUAUCAAAUAACUUUGUUCAGUCAGUAAGUAAGUUAGCAACAGAUAAAGAUCUGGAAAAUGUUGAUGAGAUAGUAAAUGCAGAUGAUAGUGAAGACACAGAAGAAGAAAAUUAUGAUACAGAAGAUCUAGUUGAAUCUGAUAACCUAUCAGAUGAACAUUAUGUUUUAAGCGAUGAUGAAUUUAAUGAAUCACACUUUAAAUAG